AUGGAAACUAAUCUCAAGCAGCAUGUUAUGCCAGCAACAGCUUUUGGUGAUGAAGAAUCUGGUCAAAGGCGGAGCUGGCGGCACGGAGUUCCUCUCCCUCUCCGACCUCCGCCGCCUCCCCGCCUUCGGCUUGCUCGUCACCACCCUUUUCUAGACCACUGGCCGCUCCCCCUCCGACCUCGGCGCCGUCAACCUAACCUCCCUCAACUCCUCCUCCGUCGUCCUCGUCCGCUCCCCGACGCCUUCUCCCCCUCCCCCGCUAACUCCAACGCCACCGUCCUAGGCCUCGUCGCCUCCCUCCCCUAUAAUGUCAGCGUCUUCGCCAUUGACGCCCUCCUCGUCCCCUACGGCUUCGACCUCGCCGCGCCCGAGAUCCGCCCCCCCGUCGACGUCAACAUCACGCGGGUGCUCAUCGAGGCGCGUGGGUUCAACGUCACCGCGUCCAUGCUUGAGCGCCGGCGGAAAAGAGGGGCGGCGGCACGAGGGGCGCUUGACGGUGACGGCGGCAGAGAAGCGGCUGCGGCAACGGCAGCGAAGCGUGGCAUGGCGCGGCGGAGCGGAGAAAAUGAGAUACGGCAGCAGCAACGGCAUGGGUGGCCGGAGAGGUGCGGUUGGCAGCCGCGGCAUCGUGUGGGAUGCAGGCCCCUAGCGGCGGCGGUGGCAGCAGCGGCGGCGGAGCGCGGCGGAGCGGNAAAAUGGGAUACGGCAGCAGCAACGGCAUGGGUGGCCGGAGAGGCGCGGUUGGCAGCCGCGGCAUCGUGUGGGAUGCGGGCCCCUAGCGGCGGCGGCGGCGGCGGCGGCAGCAGCGGCAGCGGCGCGGGUGAGAGGAUCGGGGGAAGAUCCGAGCACGGUGGGGUCAGACGGAGAGGGGGAGGAAGGAGAGGAGGCGGGCUGGUAGUAGAUGUCACAGCACGCGACCACCUGCCUAUUUGGCCAG